AUGGUUCAUUAUUGCCGCAAAAAGUGCACUGAUAAUGACUGCGAGGACUGUCUCGCUGGAGCUCAUUUUAUGUCCCGAAGAAUAACAAAAAGCCUUAUGAUUGGAGAAACGAGAUGCUUUUGCAAACAGGGAUACAUAAACAGAUCUUGUGGACAGUUGAACCGAGCGAUCUUGCCCAGCUUUCCAGCUUUUCCAAGCUUUUAUUUACCAAGGCUCUUUGACGACGAAGAAGAAGAAGAACGUUUUUCUGGGAGGGGUCAAGAAGAUGAAGAAGAUGAGGAAGUGGAAGAGUCAGAUUUUUCUUCUUCCGAAAAAUUAUCGAUUGUUUUGAACAAACUUCAGAAAAUCCGGCAAAUGGACUGA